AUGUCCUUACCAAAUGGCCAACCCAACUGGUCACUGUUAACAGGGCUGGACAUUGCAAACCAGUUGCCUGGUCUCUGUCCAGUGAUAAAUCUUGGGUUUUUGUCUCUACUCAGUCCCAUGAUGCUGGUGUGGAUCCCAUACCAAACAGGUCUAUGUGGGCAUAUGUUGGAACCUAUGCCUCAAGUAGGGGCAAGUGCAGGUUGGGCUGGUGGUCUGGGUGACAUUCUCACAUUUGGCUCACAUAAAGUGACACAGGAAGAUAUCACACCCUUUGCUCCAGAUCUGAUGAAGUACCUGCUACACAUGGCUGUUCAGCCAAAAGAUGUGAAUUUGGACUUUCCAAGCCUGUUUAAGGAUGGGUGGGGGAAGCUGAAGAAUUACAUGCAGCUUGCAUACUGGCUGUGCUAUAUCAUCAUCAUCCAACCUGGAAUCAACCCCAACACAACAAACACCAAUUAUCAUUUCCUCAGAAUAUGCCCUAAUAAGCAAGGUGUCACCUUUCAAGCAACAUAG